AUGGUUCAGGUACGCCAUUUUAGACUUUUUUUUAUUUUGUUGUUUUUUUGUAAUGAGAAACUUUGCAAUUCAAAUUCCCAUUGAAUCUUUCAAUAGUUGGAAUCUUCUUCUUUGAACUCAAAAAUAAAUUUUCCUCUUCCACAAUUAUUUUCCUCUUUCGAGUCGUACUCUUGAUUUUUUUUUUUAGAACAAUUUGUACAAAUACUAGCUGUCGCAUGGUGUUUUAUAGUUUUUUUUUUCAACCCGUAUCUGCUAAUUUGUUCGCCCUUUACAAUAUCGUUUAGGAAUUUCUUCCCACUUGAUGCGAUCACACAAAAGAGGCAGUUAAGCAUGCGUAUGAUCGAAUUUUUUGUUUUGUUAAGAAGUGUCUUGAAAUGUAUAGGUUAACUCAAUUAUUCAUUUUAUUAUUUUCUACUUUAAUAUUUAAAUUUAAAAUUUCCCUUUGGGGUUUGGAAAUCUGUCCAUAAUAUGAUAGAGCUGAGAAUUAAUUUUUUGUUGAGAAAUUUCUUAUUUCACGCAAUACUUUUAAGUUUGAAGUUUUUUGAUUAAUUUUUUUUUUUCGCAGAAGUGAAUGGGCUGUAUACAAAAAAAGGCACAGAAGGAAGGCGCGGCGGGUUAGUAAAUAACAUUCAAACUGUUGUUGCUAAUUUUACGGUUAUUUUUUUCCCAAAAAUUUUUGUAUUUAUUUGAACGAAAAAAACGCAGUCGAAUGGCCACUUGAUGUCUUUCCAUCCGUCAGCUGUCACUCAUAUGGAAAAAUCUUGCUAGUUUUAUUUUUCAAAUGCGUCUCAGAGAUGGCCUGAAGGUUUCAAAAAAUUUGGAAAACUGCUUUUCUUUGUUUCUGAUCUAUUACUUUAAAAAAAAAACCAAAAAGCAGAAACCUUCGAGAAAAAGAAAUGGAAAGUGGACAAACUUUCUUUGACGUCACGCCUAUCUGCGGCGCUCUUGUUUGUCGCGAAAAAUUUGUGAAACGAAGACUUGGGUUUUUGAACUAUUGUAAAAAAAUCACUGGUCAGAAGAUAUUUUUUUUGUCUGAAUUAAAAGUAAAGAGGAUUUUUUUUGUUUUCAUAAUUGAUUAAAUUGUCACAACCGGUUUCUUUUUUCAAAAUAAAAACAGUAUGAAAGCGAAUUUUUCGCAAAUGUCGCAUUUCCUGAAUACUUGUGAUGACAGUCUUUCUUGAUAAGUCUCUCUUUAAACGGCGUUUGUCCUGCGCAGCACUCUCUUGAUAAAAAUGAUGAUUUUUGUUUGGCCCAAAUUUGGUGGUUUGUUUCGGUGCCGAUGGUCUUUGUUCAUUAAUGGGGUUGGCGUCUGUUAGUCGCAGAAGUUGGGGAAAAAGCGAAAAAGAGAUGUUUUUCUGAAUGAUCGUUUCGAAUCACAGAGAGAAUUCGGUUCGAUUUUUUCCUGUACACAAUAAACUUUCAUUGAAUAAAAAAUUAUUUUACAAAAUUUCAAUUUUUUUAUGUGAAGGUUUGAUUUUAGACACGAGAAAUGAUCUUAAGUCCCUUUUGUGAAUUUUUUUGUAAAGUAGGCUCUUUCGAGUCGGAAAAAUUCCUCUCACGGUCUUUUUUGCUUCGUUUUUUCACACACAGCUCAUGUCAGCUAGAAACGCUCUGAAGAGCUCAGAAACUGCGAUCUUGGUGAUUACCUUAAAAUGAGGAUCGACACGCCGAAUAAAGCUAACAAGUGAUUUUUGAAAGAAACUAGUAAGGUAUGUAGAUAAGAGUACCAAAUUCCCUUUUUCAAACGUUGCAUGUAUAUUAAAACACUGUUCGAAUGUUCUUUUUUUGUUUUUUUCGAGUCUCGAGAAAAACACUUUUUUCAACUAUCCGUUGAAAGUUGCGUGACAAAUUUUAAAAAUUGAUCAUUUACACGCGUUAUCGCACACACUAUAAUGUGGAACUGCGAGAAGAAAUUUUUGGGGUAGUGGACGAUUUUCAAAUCGAACAAAAUUGCAUAAGAAAGAAAUUCGACGAAAAUUGCUGGACUGCUCUUUCCAUACCAUUUGUGUGCACUCCGAUACUAUCUCAAAAUGCUUUAGAAUUAUGCUGCCGAGUAGCACUCUUACCGCGUAUUCUAUUCAUUGACUGACGAAGUGCAUACCUCGAUUGACCUUUGGAGUUCUAAAAAAGGUAGAAAUUGACAAGAAAACUGUAUAAUUUUCGCAAAUUUUGUUGCAAAUGGAAGAAUGCUUUUAUAUCCGAAAGUCAGCAAGACAAAAAUAUAGAGAGAGUAGUUUUCAGUGAUCCUUAGGAGGCGUCCAUUCUGAAAAAUUGCUCGCUUCGGAAGAUACGUGCUUUGAUUUCUCUUUGUUUCACUCCAGUUUCAAUCUGGUACUUUUUCAUUCAUAGAGAAAACAUGGUUUCGCUUUUGAGUUAAGUCCCGAAAUUUCGGGAAGAAGGACUACGUUUCGAUCGCCGCUUUUGUUUGGUCAGCUUUUUCUCUCUGUGAUCAUAUAUGGAAUAGCCGAUUUCGCAAUAGCGCUUUUUCCUUUGUGGGCUCGCUUUCCAAAAACGGAAUGCGUUUUUCCUCCCAUGACGUCACUUUUUGAUUUUCGCCGACUUCUUUUGGUUAACUUUUCUCAAGGACUUUAUUCUUCUAACAAAAAAUACUCAAACUAGAUUUUUUGAUGUGCUGCGAAAAAAAUUGUAGAAAAGCGAUCGUAAAACGAUUUCACCCUCGUAAUGCUCCUUUUUGACAUUUUUAUGAGAAGAAGCCUUGAGAAGAACGCAAAAUGACGUGAGUUCGACGGAGAUCGACCUCACCCCACUUAGGUUUUUGGCAACGCGCCAUUGUUGUUUACUUACAGAUGUUCUGAACAUUUUCAACCCUUAUUUUUGCUCUCAUCGAGAUUUCCGAAAAAAGAAGUCAAAUAUUUAUAGAUAGUUUGGAUAAGAAAAUCGGAGAAAUUUCGGUAUUUUCAUAUCUUGCGAUUUUCUAUUUUUUUUUUCUCAAUGCUUAUGCGCUGAAAUAACAAUUUAGUUCUGGAAACUUUAGUGGAGAUUUCAAUGAUAAAACUUUUUGGGAAGGAGGAGACCUUACCUGGGAACUGUUUCACAUUGUUUCAAACCUGGCUUCUGAUAUUUAUUGGGGAAACCGUCGUCUAGCAUUUCACUCAGCGGAGAUUUGAAAAAAUAUUUCGAAUCGCGUUUGAAAACUCAGAUUUUGAUCUCACUUUCUCCUAUUUUACAUCAUCGAAACGUGGUCGUUUAUAUUCUUUGAAAAUGACUCUAAACUUUGAUUCUCUGCGAAAGUAUCUUGAAUCGAAAAAGAUUUUUUGCAUAUUAACUAAGCGGUGUCAAAAAUAAAAGAGUCGAAACUGAAGGCCCUGAAAAUAGAAUGACGUGGUCCCUAGGCGCUCUACCCACAGUAAAUAGACUUUUUUCAAAUGAAAUUUGUUAAUCGCGUCGCCACUUUGUGUGGGAACAGGUGAUUUGAAGGUCCGCCCUGAACGGAGUUUUUUUGUUGGUUUUUUUUUGCUUUGAAUCUAUUUUUCUUGGAGAUGAGCUUGGAAAACUAUUGCUUUUUAAAGAAUAUUGCAUUUUUUCAUUUUUUGUUUCUCCCAUCGACCAAUUUUCCAUUUCACGACGUCAUAAUAGUGUUGCCAAAUCCGAGUGCUUAUCCUGGCUUUCCACAUAAUUUCAUCUGAUGGCAUUACGAAAAUGGAUGGAAAGUUACAAAAUCGAAGAUGUUAUCAUGCAUUAUGAUGUGUUAUCAGUUCUAAUCACUUUUUAGUUCUUUGGCAUCCCGUCCUACAUUUAUAUGGACCUCCGUCUAAUCAUUUCAAAAUUUUGGUUUUUUCUUUUUUUUUUAUCUUCAGUUUACAUUGAAAUUUUUUUUUACUAUCCUCGCAUGCUGAGCAGGCCUCGACGGUUGUACCCGUAUUAAACCCGUGUUUCUGAGAUUAUUUGAGUCUCAGUUGGGCUGAAACGGGGGAACAACGGGUGUAAGAAAAAUAUGUAAUUCAGCUGGGCUAAAGCGGGGUCUCAGGCUAAAAAUUGCCAAAGUUCUACCAACUGUGCUCAUACGGGUUUAAUACGGGGGCACCCGCUGAGACCCCGUUUUUGCACGGCUGGGUUACCCUGCUCAGCAUUCGAGAUACCGCAAAGUGCCUUUUUGGCGCGGAGAAAAAUCAGAGAUUUUUUUCUUUUUUUUAAUUAUUUUCUUCUUACUUAUUUUACCGAUUUAAUGACUUCUCAUUUGAAUUGAUUUCAUAAAAAAAUCAUUAAUAUAUUUUUUUUAAAGUUUUUAAAUAAACAGGAGAAACAACCAUUCAUAAUGAAAAAAACAUAGGAUUGUACACGCAAAUGUGUAUUAAAAAAACUGAAAAAGAGUCUAAUAGCCACUCAGAGAAGUAGUUACCUAAGUCGAGCUUUCAUCCUAAUUGAGAACUGAAAUUUGACUAUUUUGACUAUAUCUUAUAACAAAAAAAAUCUUAACUGCAUAAUAUUUUAACUUCGUUUUUGCCGAGCUAAGCUGCCACGGCUUCUCGAUGCUAGCUUCGAAGCUUCUCCGGCUCUUUUAUUCGACUUUUGCUCAAUUACCCGAGUAGAGUUCUGAUUCCUGCGACUUUUCCUCUUGAUUGUUGACCUUUCCUGCAAAGUUUCUCAGAUUUUCCAGUGAUGAUUUCCUGUUCCCCGCCACUUUUCUGCAAUAGCGUCAUGUUCAGGUGCACGAUUACACUGCGCGAUUCGUUCUUCACCCUGUCAUUUCCUCUUCUGCCGUCACUUCUGUUUUCCAUCCUUCCAAUACCAGUUAUUUCUCGUCAUUCCUACUUAUGUUUAAAAUCUAGGGGUUUACUUCAAGUUGUAAGAAUUUCUAUCGAACCUUUUUCUCCUGCAAUCAAGUCAGAAUAACGUCGAAAAAUCAAUCGGAGCAUGAAUUUUGAAGAAAAUUGCAACGAUUAAUUGCCGAAGUCCUUCAAAAUGUGUAACGUACACUCUUUUCGAAACUCGACUAAUUUUCAAUAGUUUAAUUUUGGCAAGAUUUCUCUCUUUUUUUUCUGCUAAAUAACUUUUUUCAAAUCGACUUCAAGGCAAGUUUUCGCUAUUGACUCAAAAAAAUAGGAGUGAGUCUAAUGUUCAAAAAAUUGGAAAAUUUGAUAUCUAAUUAUUUCGCCGCUCAAGCAGACGCCAAAAUUUUAAAAAAGAGGUAUAUAAUAAAUGUAUGAUUUUAUUUGAAAUGAACGCUUUUCUGGAGAAUACGAAACUACAAAAAUCGAAUUACUCCGGAAUUUCUUUUUUUUUCAGCAUUUUUUUCUCACAUUAAAGAAAAUUGCAACUUGAUUUUCGAUUCAAAUGGAUUAUAAUAAUUUAUUGAAUUCUGGUUAGUAAGACAUAUUUCACUCGGUCUAACACACACGCUCUCUCAAACUACAUUGACUAUCUUCCUUUGUUUACUUGUUGAUUGUUUUUCAAUUCUCGAAUGAUGUCAUUUUCGCGCAGAAAUGACGAAACGCUAUUCAUUCAAUCAUUAUUUGACCGAUAACUUCUGAUCGUCAUUCCAGGUUAAGGAGAUUUCAACUCUUUUCUUUCUCAAAAUUUCGAGUUUUCUCUCAGAAUUUACUCAUUUUUAAAUUAGCAUGAUACUUUUUCUUGCUUUAAACUUGUCGGUCAUACAUUUUUGAAGCUUUCUGCUUGUUCCAAUCAAUUCGACGUCUUCUCUUUAACUUCGAAAUUACCCCAAAAGCGACGAUUCAAUGGGACUUUGAUCAUUUUAGCACAAACUGACAUUUUUUUGAACAAAUAUGAUUUUUUCUGUUAGUUUUGAAAAGAAAUCAAUCGAACACUGCAGGAAUUUCAGCACUGUUUGCUUUGGGUUCUGUUCUAUUCCUGCUUUGGGUCCGGAUAUUUAGAGGAGCACUCGUGUUUAUUUUCACUCUUUUUCUGCUUUUCCGUAGUUGCCAUUCUUAUAUACCUCAUCCAUUGCCACUCGAGACGAAAAUACUCCACGAACUUCCAAAAUCAAAUUCUUCUUUUCAUACCAUUUUUUCGCUAAUCGUGUGAAGAAUCAAAACAAAUUUGUGUCAAAAGCUAUUACCUCGGUAGUUAUUUGAUUUUAGUUUCUUUCUUUUUCCGAUCAAUAUAUAAAAACUAACGAAUCGAUGAUUCGUUUGCGAUCGCUCUGCUUGUCUGCACCUCUGUUGUCUUUCGCGCUCUCUCUCUCUGCCUCUUCCAAACUCUUGAUGAUGUCACUCUCUAGUUCUCUUUCUGGCGCGAUUUGUGUUUAAAUUUCAUCCUUAUUUCCACUUUUCUCUGCAAUUUCUCAACAUAUUCUACUCAAAAAAGUUUCGAAAUGAACAGCUACAGGUCAGCCUCUGCCCCAUAUGUUCCGUUGAUUCGUUUUGUAUCAAAUUAUGACGCUCCGGCGUGUUAGGUCUUUUCUUUUUUCAAAUUAUGUUGAGCGUGUUAUUUUCAACUUGGUUACUGCAUUUUUAUCUCUAAUUUGAUCUGGGUUAAGCACGGAGCUUUUCCAGAAAAUUCUUUUAGAAGAUAAUUUUCAUUUGUUCUCGUUGCUCAUGAACUCCCAAUUUUCAUUUCUUGAAAAUGUUUUUCCUGUUUUUAAAGGUCUUCGAUUGCAGGAUAUGACAGUUCUCGAUAUGGAAAUCACGUCAGCAGGGCUAGCCGCCCUUCUACGAGAAAGUCUCGCCACAACGGUGCUUUUUUGGUUUUAGAGACUAUCCAAAUACAUUAUUCAAUUGGUUUUUCUCAAAGAAAGUUUUGUGAGGUUGAAUCCAAAUAUUUCUGAGCUUGUAUUGCUUUCCGGGUGUAUCAUCAUUCUCACAAAAAAUAAAUGUAAAUUCAACUUGAGGUUUUGAAAAAAAUUUCAAAUAAAAAAAUAAAUAACACGUUCACAAUUAUCAGUAUAUUUAGAUUUAUACAAGUUUAUACGUUGGAAUGCUCGGAUGACACCAUUUCCUUUUUUUAGUUUCAGGAGUGCUCGAAAGAAUAUCACCAAAGUUCUAUUCUCAAGCUGACUCUAUUUUUUUUUUCACUUCCGUUGCUAGUUUAAAGUUUGCAAUUUCUUUUUAAUAAAAUAAUGAAAAAAACCAGUACAAAGUCUAUUUCAGAUGAUAGUCGAUACGCGAGCGUUCACGGAUUUCAACAAUUCUCACGUCAAAUUUUCUAUAAACGCAUUUUUUUCAAAAUUGAUCCGACGACGGUUAUGCGAAGACAAAGUGAGUUUGAGUGAACCCGCUGGUUUCUUGAGCGCGUCCUUUCACAAUCGUAGGGUUCUCAUUUCGCAAUUCUUGAGCAAAUAUCACUAAAAAUAAUUAUGACUUUUGUACUUUCCUUAGACUUCCUUCCAUGAACUUUGGUCCCACGUUUUUUCAUUGACUGAAUCUUUCUAAGUUCUGUUUUCCACCCAGUUUCUUUCGUAUCCGCCAUGUGUUUCCGUCUCUUGUUGGCUUUCGAACCUCGAGUUUAUCAAGGGUUUGCUAGCAAUACAGAAUCAGAUCAAUAUUGAUAAUGGGAAGUGAGGAAAACAGAAAAUGUUUACGAAUCAAUUGCAAAACAAAAGGAGAACUUUUCCAUUUUGUCAAUUUGGGUCAUGUGACGUCACCUCUUCUGCGUUUUUUGGCUUGCGUAAAAUGGACGUGACCCCUGUCUUUUCUGGAAAUUGCGAAAUGAUCUUUGGACCCUUGUGGUCGAGUUGACUUUUCCAUUUCGAGCAGAACCGAAGUUGAGAUUUUGUGAGAAAAAAGAAUCUAGUAAUAUUCCAUACUUCAGGAGAGUUUUCAUUAUAUAUCCGAAAAAAAGUCGCACAACUAGAAGAAUUUUUAAUGACUCGCUGGAAUUUUUUUGCGAAAUCAGCCAUUCUGACUCGACAAAACAUCUGUCCGCGAAAGGUCUUUCGAAAUUUAAAACGAAAUACCUGCUCCGUUAUGAGAAUUUGGUCGAAAACGUGUUCAGCUCUCAAUUAGUCAUGGAAGUGACUAAUUUCUAGGCGUGAGAAGCACAUUUCGGGCCGUGUUUCAAAGUGAUUCUACGAAAUCCAAAACAGCCGCCAGAGAAAGAAAAAAUAACUAAAACUCGGAGAGUGAGAGAUAACUUUGUAUUUUGCGGAAAUCGCUUCGAACACAGCACCAGUCAGUUUGAAAGAUCUCCGAAGAAAUAGAAAUCUAGAAUAGAUAACGAUUUUCCAGUCCAGAAAUUCUUUGAAACAGCCUUCAUAACUUUUUAAAACUCAGCUCAAGUUCUAUUCAUAGAUUUCAACACAAGUACUACGAUAUAGCCGUAUUGGUAUGAGAUUUUACGGAGCCUCGAUGCGUCAUCGACUCGAAUAAAUUGUGAUUCAUCGAGAAAGGGGCGGAGUCGUGCACUUUUGAGGACAACGACGUCCAUUCUCGUUCGCCAGGCCUUCGGUCAACUUUUAUAAGCUUCGUGAACCUUUAGAUUUAUUCAUUUCUCAGGCAGUUUAUCCCUUUUCAUUGAAGAAGCUUUUAUUAGAAGUACAGUUCCAAUAUCAAAAGCUCGGUAAAUCUUUUUAUGUCUAUCUAUCUUUCUUUCUCUCUCUCUCUCUCUUUCUUGGAAUAGCAUUCAAAAUAUUCCCAAUUUUCUGAAAAGCUUGAAGAAGCUUUUUUGGUCAGAAGGUCAAAUUUAGAGAACAAACUAUGAAAAUAUAAAUUUUGAUGUGGAUGAAAAGUUUUUCUGCAUUUCCGUUUCAAACAAAUUCUUCGCUUUCGGCCUAUCCUCUUUUAACUCCAGUUAAUUUAUCGAAAUAAAGUCGAUUCCAGAAGCUAACGUUUGAUUCGUGUGCAAAUUUCCGCUUUUUCAAAGAACGAAUUAAAUAUUCAAAUUUUCUUUUUCUGUUAGCCUAUGACUCAGUUCAUAAGCAUAGACUAUGAGUCAGAAUGAAAUAAGAACUUUGUAUUUUGCUCAAAACGUUUUCUAUUUAAUUUUUGGUCGCUCAUUAACUCUUGAGUACGUCAAGAAUAAAAAUAGUUUUCUCAUUUUGGCGUAGUUCCUUUUCUUACGAAUAUGUAAGCCGCAUUGAGAUGAUUCAAGCAAGAACGCAUAACAAUGCUGACUCAACAUGGUCAUCAAAUGUCCAUUUCGCGCUAUGAAUAAUUGUUUGUUCGGAGGAUUUUUCGCGGAAGCUGCAAUCGUCAGGGUGGUUAAGAACGCUUAUUAAAAUGCUCCCUUUUGAAGAUUCAAACCUUGAGAUAGAAGAAAAACAAAAGGCUUCGAUUCGAACAAGUCAAAAUGAAUCAUCAGGUCAUCCUUCUGAUUUUUUCGUUCCAAGAAGAAAUUGUCGUUCAACAACCAACGGUUUGCGUCACAAAAGCUGUCGUUGUUUGCCUGCUGAGUGGAUCUUUCCUUUCUUUUUCUCUUUCUCUUUCUCUCUCUCCUUCUUCUCGCUUCGCUCUCUUUUUAGUUCGGACCCGAUCAUGAGUCAGAAUGAUUCAAUUGAUUUGACAACGUAAAGGACGGCUCCGCCUCUAGAGUUAUUCUAAUCAGUUGAAUUUUUGCAUUUGCAUUUACAGAUAGACAACGAUUGUCUCGUCAGCCAACUGAUGCGAGCUGCCGGCGAUAGAGACAUGAACGAAGUGCUUGACGUCGUCCUCUACGCGGAAGACGACAAGCAGCAGUGCCGCGCACCCAAGAGAAGGUUUGUUCGUUGGAGCAAAGUUCCCCUGAUCACAGCGGCUAUUUCGUUCUUCAGAAUAUCCACGUGUGGCGCCAGCGAUUCGUCUGCCAAGGUCCUCAGAGUCCUUCGCGACCGACUUGAAGAGACCAAUCGCUUCCGCGGGAUCAUGAUCCUUGAAGGUAUGUAUAUCCCGUCUUUUUUUGCGGAAAAAUUUGAUUUUGCUAAGUACAAUCUUUACCAGGAAACUUUUUUUUUGUUUUGGUAAAGCUCAAAAAAGAUGAUAACCAGUGUAGGUUAAAGUACGAACAUUUUUGUGGGACUGAGAACAAUAUGACGAGAUUUUCUCGGCAUAGUAUCCAUGGUUCCCAGUGGCGAAUUACCCUUUUCUCACGUAAAUCAAAGAUAGAACAGAGAAAUCGGAAUAAGGUUGAUAGAAGAAAGUGUUUCGAUAUGGAAGUAUGCGAAACUAAACUGAGGAAGGGUCGGUGUGUGGAAAUCGAUCGCGCUACGGGUUUGAGCUUUGAAUAACCCAUCUCUUAUUUUUGUUGCUUCAUGCCGAAAAAGCCUGAAUUUGUUUUUCUAGGUCCACGCGAAUUUUUUUUUAUUGAAACAGCGCCUUUAUUGAAGUGCAGUAUGGUGCAGUUAUCAAUUUGGACUCUUAGUUAUAAAAUAAUUUUAUAGAAUUUCUGAAGAGUUUUAUUAUCUGAAAGGAACAUGAUCUGGAGUUUUUCCACUGCAUCGAACAGAAAUCGUUCAAAAUUGUUUCACGAUGUCUUCUGGCUUAUGAAAACAAGAGCGGCUGUUUGCAUUACACUGAUCGAGUGACUAACCUCAGGAAGGAAUCGAUGAGUAAGAAACGGUUCUUCUCUGCUCGGUGAUAUGUCGGCUGAUCUCCGCCCCUUGGCGGCUCAACAGUUCAUUUCAUUUGCAGAUGCUGCUUCAGCCAGUUUUACUUUCUUUGCUGAGAAGCAUAGUGAAAAGCGGUCCUAUCAAGUUUUUGCCAUUUGUUGCGAUUAUCUUCUCUCUCACCCUCUCUGAAAUGACCUGAGAGUCUCUACCAAGUGAACUUGAACCUUUUUGAGGGACGAAAAAAGAAUCUCGAAACUAAAAAAGAGCUUGUCUUGGACAUAUGUCCGCGGCAAUCAUCGUCAUAUUACAAGUCCAGACGAAUGCGGUUCAUUCUUUCGGCGCAUUCCUUUUUCUCGUAGAGUUUUAUGCUUGCUCUGUGACUUUUCUCAGCCUCAGAAGAUAUACAUUCUUUAUACUGAGAGAUGCGUUCAUUUUGCGAUAAAGAAUAGGAGUGUCGCGAAAUGUCUUUUUGCUCACUUUUUAGAUGCCCAGUCUUAAUCCAAUCAACGCUUCUCCACUCGCUCUUUCUUCGAUUCUGUCCUCGGAAUCUUGUUUUGUAUCUCCAUUGACGUGUCAUGAUUUGAAGAUAAGUUAGUCUGACCUUUUUCUUAUUAUUCUAUUUUUCCAUUCAUCUUUUAUGUUCACAUUCACUCAUUCAUCUUCUAGUCCGAAAUUCUCGAUCGGAAGUCUUUGAAGCAAAAAAUGGCUUCCAUCACGUCAUUGGGCUACUUUGAAUUGGAACAUUCAGAAAUGAGAGAAGAAAAUAUUUAAGCGUGUGUUUGCCGAAACGAGAUUAUUUUAUAGCUAAUCUAUAAUCAAGAGGAAAAAUGUAGAAGGAGGAUUGAGCAACGGAAAUUGGCUGCUGUGCGAUCUUUUUUUGCACAAAGAGCAGCAUUAGUCACCCCGAAAAAUGGCCUCUUUUUUCGACUCGUCUUUGAUCACCGGAGAAAGCAUUCAAUGACUAACCUCUGAAGCACAUACAUUUUUCUUUAAAAAUAGAGAAAAAGACUUUCAGAAAAAAAUCUUUGAUAUGACAACUAUGAGUUUCUACCCUGCAAAGCAUCAAGUAUAAUUUAAAUUCGUUGAAAUUACCUGAUUGGACUGUUUUUUCGUCAGGAUAUUUUAAGUCUCCAAGAAAAAAAAUGGGAACCAUUUUUCGAAAUCUUUUCACAGUUCGUGCUUGUAGGAUGAAUAGUAGAAGUGAGGAAAACACUUUUCUUGUGUCUGACCUGUUGAGUCAAAAAAACUGAUAGAAGAAUAUUCGUGCGAAUUCCAGUUUGAAUAUCCUUUUGAUAUUUUUUUUAUAAGUUACACCAUAUGUUUCCUGCAAAGCUUCAUGGGAAAGCGGGAUAAAGAUUAUAGAAACAAGCUAAUCCUUGAACCUUGCUGGCUCGCUUAAAAAAAGCUCGUUAUGAGUAUGUUCAUUCACAGUAAUCCGAAGAUGAAUCAUCGAGCGCCCGAGGCGGCAUCAUUGAUCCGAAGAGGGAGGUGAAGAGAGAGAGAGAGCGAAGACAGACAGAUGGUGAGGCAGCACGUCGUCUCUCGGCCCCACGUCUUCGGGUGCCUGCACGAGCCCGCAAAGGCAACUCAAGUCCCACCCACUCUGCGCUUUUCUCUGAGCUUCUGGCCUCGCCUAUCCCCAUUCGGCUCUAUUCUGCGUCUGCCGAGCCCGAGUUUGGCAGCGGCUUCUAAUCCAGUGACGUGUUUUCGAGUGAGCGACCGACCGAUUUCUACGCUCGCAUCAGCUCUGAAAGUUUUCUGGAAUGGUCGAGCAUCGGAGGCCACGUCAUCACUGCCAGGAAGGCGAGCAACGACGUCGCGUCAAGAAGAAGCGUUACCACCACGCUCCGAUCGUCAGGUCCAAACAGCCUCUCGCCAAGAUCCUCGUCCGACGCGAGUUCUUCCUGCCUAUCAACGAAAAUGCCGUCGAAAACGCCUUUCCGAGUUCGUUUUCUUCUUUUUCUUUUUCGUUUUGAUUAUUUAUUUUUUCGCUAAUAUCUAGAUGCUGUGCUUAUCAAGUCUGCGACUUCACAUGCGUAUUUCUCUUUUCAUAAAAUGUUCGGAAGCAUGUAUACACGAGUUUCUAGAUUUAUUAAUUUUCUUUCAAGUUUCUAUAAUUUUAUUUCUGGUCAGCUCCGGAAUUCCUCAUGAAUAACUUUUUCUCAAACAUAAAAUGGAUGUAUUUUUUUAUUCUCGAGCAUUUUUGACUAACUGUUUAGGAUAAACCAACACCGUGAGCUCCGCUCUUAGUUUUAAUCUAGAGACCUGAGAAGUCCUAAAAAGUGUUGACAAGUUCAAGGUGUGUUCUUCUGUUCGUGGUUCAAUAAGAAUCGCACUGACAAGCUCUUUGUAUUUUCCACCUUUCCGCUAUUUGUUUAGGACCGUAACUGCAAAGUCCGUCAGAAAAUCACGCGUUAUCUCUCGGUCAAGCCAUUUCCAGAAGACAAGCCGAGCAAUAUGUGAAUCAUUCUCUAAAUACAUCUUUAGUGAUCACUUAUCACCGGCUAGCGAGCCAAUUUUUAUCAAUCGAAAACGUCUAGAUCACUGAUUGGAGCAAAACGAUAAUUAUUCUACAUUGAAAUAUUUGGAUGGUUCCAUUUCUCUGACAGAAAUAAGCUUAGUGAAAAAUUACUUUUUUAUCUCGGUGGGCGGAGAGGACGCGUAUCUGUAUUGAUUUCAAAAAUUUCAAAAAGACAAAUAGUGAAAUCGGGACUUCAAAUGAUCAAUCACGAUGAUUCAUCUACCAUCAUGGCACGUUUUUAUCAGCAGUCACGCCUCUGACGAAAUACAACGCGCUCAAUUGUUACAAAAGCGAUGCCUAUAACCUGGGUAAAAACUAAUAGAAUGGCCUGGUGACGAGGCUCAGUUACUGUGUAGUCGCAAAAAUCAUCUGUUAGGAGGGAGUGAGUCACUCGGCAAAUCUAGCCCCUGCCUCCAUUCCAACGCCACCCAUCUAACCGAGAGACUCCGCCAUCGAUUUGUUCUUUCUCUUCCUUUUUUUUCAUUUUCAAUAUUCAGGCUUCUCAUGUUACUUCCGUUCGUCAUUUUUUUAUAAAUUUGAAUUUAACUUUUUUUAAAUUUUUUUACAUAAAAAAAUUUGAUGUCAACUUUAGAUAUAUUCACAAAUUUUUUUCGAAUAAAAGUUCGAACAAUUCAACGAAACUAGGUCUAUUUCAUAAUCUCUGAACACGUUUUACUGGAACAUUAUUCCAACUAUUUUAAGUAUAUGAAACUCGGAUUUUUAUCGAAUUGCUCACAAAUUUAUUUUCCAGCUCCUCAAUGUUAAGUUUUGUUUUGAAAAAGAAAACAUGUCUCUUGAAAGGGCGAAAGUGUUCUUUUUUUUCGAUUUCAACUUUUGCAUUUAGAAGUAGUUAUGAUGUCGAUUCUCACGAGCUUAAAUAAAUGAAGAGUUUUCAGGCGGGUUCAACAAGUUUCAAAACGCCUUCCCGCAGCUGUGUGAGCCGACGGAGGGUAUGGCGCGGAUGCCACAGUCGCUGUCGCAGCCGUGUCUUUCGAAUCAGCUUGGCGACGGCAUCACCUGCAUCUUGCCCUACCUGUACCUCGGCAGCCAGGUCGACAGCCUCGACGAACCCAAGCUCACGGUACUUUUUGGCUGAACAUCUAAGAGCUCUGCCGGGCUUUUGCUGGCACGCGUCGAAUAUGGUACUCAAUGGUGUUUGCAGAACGGCGCGUGAUCACGCACCGGGAGCAAAUCUAUUGGGAAAAGGGCAUUGAUGACCGGCAUCCGCAACGAAAACCUCAAAAUCCUCUUGAAAGUUGCUUCGGUUGCAGAAUCUCGGCAUCACUUGCGUCGUCAACCUCUCCAUCGGCUGUCCCAAGUCCAUUUGCAUCACCGACGAAAAAAAUUUCUUACGGAUUCCUGUCAAUGACUCCUAUCAAGAAAAGUUGCUGCCCUACUUCGAGAAAGCCUACAGAUUCCUAGGUACUAUUUUUUUGUUUCAGUGAAACAGAAAAACGGAGGCCUUUUUUCAGUGUAACAAAGACCUCAUUUUCCCAAGGGGUAUGCUUUGGAAAGAUCAAGAGAUAAAUGAUUUCAAAAAACAUGAAUUUUAUUGAAAAUUCUUUUUAUUGAGUGUCUCUAUCUCUAUUUGUGUUUCCAGAUAAUAGAAAAAGUUCAAAGCAGACUACGAUAAUUGAGCAAUGAAGUCUGUUUUUUUAUAUUUGAAGCAAGUCUGUUUCUAGAAAACGUGCGGGAGUCUGGUCGCAAAUGCUUGAUUCACUGUCUUGCGGGGAUUUCGCGGUCACCGACCCUUGCCAUCUCUUAUAUCAUGAGACAUCUGAAGCUGAGCUCAGAAGACGCUUACAGGUCCGUUUGGAAAUUUCAUAUUUCAAACUUUAUGAUCGUGACUGCAGAUUCGUCAAAGAAAAGCGGCCGUCUAUCUCUCCGAAUUUCAAUUUUAUGGGACAGCUGCUGGAGUACGAACAACAGCUAGUGCGAGAACACGUACUGAACUUGGAACAGCCUUUGAAGCUCCGGACGGAGAAGUCGAUGUCAUUGAUCCAGGACUGCGAGAGGCUCUCAGAUUUGUGUCCUCCCAAGGUGCCGAAGAGCGCCUCGUCACACUGUGUUUUUGCGCCUUCCGAAUCCAUCGGCUCUAACGCGGAUUCUGGAAUCGGCACCGACGACGUCGAGUCCGACAGUGCCAGCGACAGUCACUCCCUGCUCAAUGAGAACGGCAAGCGGGAACAGCCGAUGCGACCGCGGCAAUUGGCCCUUGGCCUCGGUUUGCUGAUGCCACGUCGAGCGAUGAAUGAACUGCCGUCGCCGUCGACGGAGAUGAGUCGUCUGUCGUUCACACCGGACACCUCGCCUCCAAUCUUCCCGUCUCCGGCGACAGCUCCACCUGCCGCGCCGCAACUCACCUUUUCCAAUCCAUGUUUCCUGUCUCCGACAGCUCCGUGCAUGCGCGACUCUUUCACGCCAGCGACGUCUGGAAUCAGCGUCUUCGAAAAUCCUUGCUUCCGGAGAGAACUAGCGACGACGUCGGCCAGUGAGCCUUCAGCAGGAGACAGUAACUGCUCCACGACGGGAUCCUGCAUGAGCAAGUUCCGGUUCUGGAAAAAGGUUAUUUGCGUUUGCAUUCUUUUUUUUUUGCCGGCGUUUUUCGGGAAAAAUUGCAAAAAAUUUUUUCCCGCAAAUCGUGAUUUCACUUCUUUUCUUGCAGUUUUUUCUUCCUUCUCAACAGAAAAAUAUGAACUACGUAGCGUUUUUGAGCCAAUUAAGUCUUGAUGUCAAAGUAACAUCUAAAAACCGACAAGAAGGUCUAUCAAAAAAUAAAGAUGCCAGAGAAGACGUUCACAAGCUCAUUGUUUAGUAAAUUUUUUUUGAGUUUGACUUUUUUUUUCAGCCGCAACAAAGAAGCACGGCUCGACCAGAAUGUCUGCGGACAGCAGGACUCCUUCUGACCUCAGCACCUGGCGGAGGCCUCACGACCACCACGGAGGAGGUCGAGUCUCCAGAAUCCGGAUUCCAAGAGAUGAAGCCGUCUCCUGAGGACGACCGCCAGUCGAUCAGCUCGGCCAGCUCUCUCGAAAUCGCUGUUCAGUAG